AUGAAAAAAGCCAUACAUUCAGUUAAAAUUGGUUUGGUUCAACGAAUAUCUGCAUCUGCACAUCCAAAUGAUUAUGAAUUAACUUCUGAUAUUGAACCAAGUUCAAUUCAUCAGUCAACUAGAAAACAGGCUCUUGGGAGACGAAUUAGUAAAAGUGCUAUUUCACAACUUGAAUUUAAUCAAAAGAAACAUAUUUCAACACUUGAAACACAUAAAGAUGUUCGUCUAAAUUAUAUUGCAGAAACAAGUAAUGAAAAUCAACAUCAUUCAAAAAUUUCUAGCUCAUCGUCGCCUCCAUUAUCUCCUCAUCUUCAAAAAAAUAUAAAACCGACUCAAGAACAAUCAGUAAUUACAAGCAGUCUUUAUCAAAUACCUACUACAUCAAAAUGGUCAACAUGGAAGAAAGUUUUAGUGGGUAUUUCAACAUUUUUGGCAAUCGCUACUCUUAUUACAGUUGCCACUGUUCUUACUGUUUUACUCACGAAACCCAAAGACGCAAGUACAACAACAACUACUGCAUCUACUGUGAAUGUUUCUGCAUAUUGGAGUUUCGAUAAUACACUGGUCGAUUCCUAUGGUAUUUAUAACGGUCAACCAAUAAAUAGCCCAACAUAUGCUUCUUCGACUAAUCUGCCAUAUGUAGGACAUGGUCAAGCACUUUACUUUAAUUCAGCAUCGAAUCAAUCAGUUCUGGUUUCAACUUCUUAUUUUAAUUUAAGUUAUACAAGUUUUACUAUUGAAUCUUGGAUUUAUCUUGCUUCGCUUACAAAUGAUCGCGGGAUAUUUGGUCAAUGUCAAUGUUCAACUUGUUCUAAUCAAUGUUUGUUUUUUAUUAUUCGAAAUAAUCGCUUGUACAUUGAUUUUACAUCGAAUUAUUUGACUGGAUCUACGGCCAUUUCAACUGGUUAUUGGUAUCAUAUUGCAUUUGUUUAUAGUUAUGACACACGACAACAAAUAUUAUAUCUCAACGGAGUUCAAGACGCUAUCAAGUCAAAUGCACAACCUUAUCAAGGACAAAAUGGAAGUAUUCAAAUAGGUUCAACUCAAGCUUAUUCGACGAUGAACUUUUUUUAUGGUUAUAUUGAUAAUGUAGCAUUAACAACAAGAGCAAAAUCUUCAGUAGAAAUUCUACGUGAUGCAUCCUUAAUGGCUUACUAUUCAUUUGAUUUACCAAAUCCGAAUACUGACAGUGGUACAAAUGGAUUAGAUGGAACAUCCAAUAAUAUAGUCUCAGCUACUGGACGUGUCAAUGAAGCUAUGCGUUUUCUUGGGUCAUCCUCAUCUUAUUUUCGAGCGUAUGGUUUUUAUCAGCUUCCUUAUGGUGUUGUUAAUGCCAAACCAUUUUCAAUAGCUAUGUGGAUAAAUCCAUCGUCAAUCAGUAAUAUCGCAAUUAUUCAAAUGUUUUGGUCACUGGGUAGUACAUCUAAUUGUGAUAUUUUACUUGGUAUUUCGUCAUCGAAUUUAUUCACAGGACAAAUUUUUGUACACAAUACUGGUUCCACUGCAUAUUUAACUGGUCCAUUUGUGACACAAAAUACGUGGACACACGUUUCAUUGACAUAUAGUACAGGUAAUGGAUACACAUUGUAUAUUAAUGGAGUUCUUUUUGGUUCAACUGGCACUGUGUCAUACUCGUCGAUCAAUUCUUUCGCAAAUCUUUGCAUAGGUUAUCCGAAUACUUGUUCUUCAAGUUCUGUAAAUGGAUAUUAUCAAGGAUACCUUGAUGAACUUUAUAUUUACAAUCGAGAACUAUCACAAUCAGACGUUACUAGUCUUGCUAAUCCAUGA